AAAAACUUAACCUAAAAUUUUUAAUGUUUUCAUUUUUUAAGAUUUCACGUUUAUUUUACAAUAAUAUCUCUCAUAAAGCAUUACAUACUACGAAAAUGGCAAAAAGUAAAUUUGAAUAUGUACGAAAUUUUGAAACGGAAGAUAGAUUAUUACCGAAUUGUUGGAUUGUAAUAAGAAUAGACGGAAGAGAUUUCCACAAAUUUUCGAAAAAACAUAAGUUUAAAAAACCCAACGAUAAUAGAGCGAUUGAUUUAAUGAAUCACGCCGCUAUGAAGGUGAUGGAUGACUUUAAAGAUAUAUCUAUAGCUUACGGUCAAAGUGAUGAGUACUCCUUUGUAUUAAGAAAAAAUACAGAAAUUUAUAAUCGGAGAGGUACCAAAUUGAUGACUUAUAUCAAUAGUUUGUUUUCAUCAUCAUAUGUUUUUUAUUGGGGUGAAUAUUUCAAGGAGGAGAAAUUGAGGUAUCCACCGGCUUUCGAUUCUAGGGCUGUUUUGUAUCCUACCGAUGAAAAUUUAAGAGAUUAUUUAAGUUGGAGGCAAGCUGAUUGUCAUAUUAAUAAUUUGUAUAAUACCACUUUUUGGACAUUAAUAAAUAAAGGUGGUUUAACGAAUCGAGAAGCUGAACAAAAAUUGUGUGGGACUUUCUCAUCAGACAAAAACGAGCUUUUAUUUAGCGAAUUUGGUAUAAAUUAUAAUAACGAACCGGAGAUUUUUAAGAAAGGAACUAUAUUGUUAAGAAAAAAAGUUUUAAACCCGAAAAGUCAGAAAAAUAAAACUACAAUUAUCCCAUUACACGAAGACCUUAUUGGAGAUAAAUUUUGGGAGAAACAUUCAGAAAUACUUAAUAUAGGUGCAACAACUUUUUAUGAAUAUCCUGAAGAUUUUGAUUUACCUUAUUUAGUUUUGCGACAAUUAAAUAUUUAAAAUAC